CGGAGGCUCGCACUGCAGCACAGCGAGUUUCCCCGCGGCGCGGCCGCCGCCGCGCCGCUUCCCCCUGCUUGCACCAGGCAGGCUGCACAGCCCGUGCAGACGGCGCACAGUCAGAGGUGCCCGUGCCAUAGAGCGCGUCCAGCAGCUGGGGGAUGUUGGGGUGGUUGCAGCGGGCCGAGAGCUGCGGCUCCUCCAGCUCCUCCUCGCUGCUACCGUCAGUGCCCCCGUCGCCCUGCUUUGUGCCCGGGGAAGGAGAUGGUCACGUACUGAGCAUUGCGUGUGUUGGCAUGGGGGCACUGGGCAGGACUGGUGGCCCUGGGAGGCUGCCAAGGGCCGCAGGAAGCGCUGGGCACGUGUGGAGCUCUAGGUCAGUUCUGGGCUCUGCAGCUCCAGGCAGCCUCUCCUGUGCAAGCGCUGCAGGGAAGCUGCUCAGGGGGAGGUUGUACUGCGCUCAUCUCCAGAGGUCCCUUCGAGCCCCUGUGCUUCUGUGACAGGCGGAUGUGUGAAGGGAGACGGCCAGCAGGUGGAAGUUUGGUGGCUUUGCAGAGUGAGAGCACCACAGCCCUGCGAUGCCACCGCGUGUUUGAGCGUCAUCAGCCACGUCCCUCCCUUUGUCUCCAUUCACUGCAAUGGGAGCUGAGUCGAGUGCACCUGCAGGGCUGGGGCACCCACGGCCUGUCUGGGCAGCAGUGCCAGGGCCUCGGCUGCCUCUGCGAUGCACUUCCCUGACAUCUAAUCCAAAUCUCCCCCCUUUACAUUAAAACCAUUCCCCUUUGUCCCAUCACCAUCUCGACACGUAAAAAGUUCAUUUCCAUCAUGUUUAUCAUCUCCACUGAAACAAUGGAAGGCCACAAUGAGCAGCCACAGCAAGCGUUGGUGACGGGGCAGGCAGAGAGCAAUGCCUGUGACAGUGUCACAGAGAAUCCUUGUGAGCUCAGGGGAGAGGGGCUGACCUCAGCGGUCACGGAACCCCCCGCUGCCACUCUCGAGCUCCCGCAGCAGGUAAGGCAGCGGGCUGCUCUGUUCCUGGCACUGCAGCCCUCUGGGUGAUCCCAGUGCCCCAGAUCUCACCCCGGCGCCCAUUUGGGCAUUUCCCCACAGAGAGAAUCCCUUCAGGGACUUUGACAGUGCUUCCAACACCCAACGCCGCUUUCUUUGGAUCCUUUGUGCCACCACCGGCCACUGCUGCAAUGCAGCCCAGCAUUGGCAGAGCAAUGCUGGUGUCACCGCAACCCCUCCCUGUCCCCAGUGUCACCCACGUGGCACCUCAGGCCUCUGUCUGGCCUGGGCUACCAGGCGUCCAGGGACAGGGAGCGCAGCUCCCACCUGGGGGGCUGCCUCCAGCUGUGGUUCAGCUGCCACCCGGGGGGCAGCACUUACCACUGCUGCAGCUGCUACCUUGGGAGCUGCACCCAGGCAUGGCUCCCCCCAUGGCCCCUGCCCACUGCUGGGGACAUUCCCUGCUGGCAGGGACACCGCAGCCCCAGCAGCCGAUGGGGCUGUGGCCUGGGGCUGUGUUCCAUGGGGAGCCCCCGCAGUCCGCAGGCAGCUGCCUACUGCAGGCCUCCAGCAGCCCCGUCCUUCUGCCAGCACCUUCAGUGCAGCAGCAGGUGCUCCCCGUGCCCUGCACGCUGCCCACCAGCUGGGAGCAGGCGGUGGGGCCCUUUGGAGAUGCUGUGGUGCUCACGGAGGACCAGGGGCACCCAGUGCCCACCGACGUGUGCCCCCAUCCCACCACGGCUCCGCUCACCUGCAGCACCGCAGCGCUGGAAUCAGGUGCAGCGACAACAAGCGCAGACAUCUCGCAGGACAUCACGGACAUUGAUGAGCUCCUGACAUGGAUGAACAACGGAGUGGAAUCCACCACAGAGAUCCCAGAUGACAUCCCAGACAUGGAUGACCUCCUGUCGUGGGUCAACAAUGAAGUGACGAGUCCUCUGGAGGUCCCCCAGCAGAACCAGGACCUGGUUGAUGUCCUAGCAGAGGGAACAAAACACACUGAGACAGUGGAAAAUGGUCACGAUGAGCUGCUGCCAGAACUGAACGCCCAGGAAAGGGCAGAGCUGCUGCAGUGGAUUGAUGCCACGCAGCCACCGAGCCCAGCUGUCCCCAGCAGCCUCAACAGCUCUCCUUUCAUCGCAGCGCUCCCUGACUUUCCCUGGGCCAGCACGGAGCUCAGCAGAGAGGCAGAGGCUGAUGCCAGGCCCAUCAGCGACCUGUUCUGGAGGCAGCCAGCAUGCUGUGGGCAGCUCUCUGAGUCGCUGCCUUUUGGGCAUCUGAUGGAAGAGGCACGGCAGAGGCAGCCCCGGGUGGUUCUCACCCGCCUGGCGCUGCCACCCGGCUGUAUCUCCUGCCACGUGCCAGACGACCCCCACGGGGAUGGCACCGGGCCAGCCGAGUGCCCAGCGCCCGCCUGCACCACCGGGAAAGACAGGAGCAGAGGGCACGAGCAGCGCGCUGGCAGCGUCCCAACCAGAAAGAGGAAGCUGCCCCUGGGCCAGGACGCUCCAGGACAGAAACGCCGGCUCCAGGUGAAGCUGGGUGGGCUCAGCACGAGCGGGACCAUCCACAGAAACCGGCCCACGUGGUGCAGCAGGAGGCACAGCCAUAGCCAACAAACAAGGCUACCUGUAGCCCUGGGCUCCUCGCCGGCCCCAGUGGCACACAGAGAGCAGCAGCAGUGCUCCAGGGGCACCAGCACCGGCCCCAGCCCUACCCCUCCAAACCUGGGCUUUCCACAAAUGCCAUCUUGGACUAGGACGAUGUAGGACUGUGUUAAAUUACGUUGUGUUAAAUCCUGUUAGAUUCUGUUCAGUUAUGAUCAAUUAUGUUAUUUUACAUUAUGUUAUGUUAUUAAAUGUUUUGCAUUCACUUUCCUACGCCUCCACCUGCAGUUGUUCAUGCAGCACCAAAGCC